AUGGACUACCAGCAACUCAACAAUACUAGUAGCGGCGAUGGAUCACCAUCCCGUCGACCAGUCACCAUGAAGCCUCCCAAGCAUCAGCCAAAGGAUCAUGCAUCGUGGGGUCUUUCUCGCUUGGCUUGUUCGGCCCGAUUGGACGAGAGCGAAUUACAACAUCGUCACAUGUUUCGCAGUAAAACCUCAAAUGGCUCUAUUGGCGCCACUACCACAAGCAAGACCAAGUCACUACUGUAUCCUCCACAAUUACAACCCAGUGCUCCACUACGCGACAUUGCCGAGAAUACCCUUUCCUUUCGACCCUUGCCGACACAAACUACCGCUUCCGCUUCUUCCUGUUGCUCUUCCUGGGGCGACGAACAAGACCCUCGAGACACAUCGCUGACUCCAUUGGUUUCAGCGACCUAUCUAACCAGCAACGAUAGUACUUGUAGCACUGUCAUGCCGGUUCCAUUUACCGAGAGACUUCGCAGAGCCGUCAUGACUCCUGGCAGUCCGUCCAAAUCAUCAUCGCAACGAACCCAUGCCGCGUCCACAUGUGCCACGACCAUGUCGUCUUCCACAGCACAAGAAAAUCAUCACCAUGGCAGAAAAUUGCAUCGACGCCGUCCUCCCACGCGAGUAGUGAGAAGUAGAACGCCUCCGGAUCUCACACCCAUCCACAGCAACACUCUCAAACAAGGUGGCGGUUACAGUCGACCACCGCUGCACACCCCGUCAAACAACAACAACAACACUGCAGCAAUAACACCCUUGCCACCGUCAUUGACCAUUACCACGUGCUCUUCCUUUACGGAUUCCGAUGUUUCCUUCUUGUCCUUUCAUCACGAUGACGAACAACACUUUCAGCAUCCAAUCCAUCAACACAACAACAAUCAAAACAGCAACAACAACAAUAACAGCAAUGACACUAGUAAUACAUCAUGGACGACGACUCCAAUCGAACCAAUCAGUGAACAACAACAACAACUACAAGACAAUCGACAAUUGAAAUAUUGGCGCAGGCGAUGCAGCGAGUGCUUUGAACAUUACGGAAUGCAGCACUCGCAAACGGCAAAUGCAUUUCUAGAACUUGGAUUGGAACAUGUGCGAUGUGAGCAAUACACGGCUGCACAGGAUUUCUUUCGAACAGCCCUUCGGGUCUUUGAGAAACUCUUUGGGCCCAACAAUCUCAGAGUGGCCAAGGUUUUGGAAGCGCUGGGAAUGGCGCAAAGUCGGUGGAAUACCAAUGGACACUCCUCCUCCAACAACAGCAACAACAGAAACAACAACAACGACGGCAUUCCCAACAUUAUUACCAUUUCCUCGUCUCCCAACAGCAACAGCGCCAACAAGGCAGGAUUACUCUUGGGUCUACAAUCCUUUCGAAGAUGCUUUCGAAUCCGAUACGACCAGCUCGGUCCAACUGCCAUUGACACUGUAGAAGUACUCAACAAGAUUGCCAACAAUUACAUGCGAUUGCACAUGUACCACAGUGCCAAGAAUGAUUACAUGCAAGUCUUGACGUUGCGGACCGCCAUUUUGGGACACGAUCAUCCCAGUGUGGGUAUUUGUGCACAAGCCCUGGGAAUGGCACAUUGGAAACAAAAGGAACAGGAACAAGCCAAGGCGUACUUUUUGCAGGCACUCAAUGUAUUUGCCGUCAAUGGGCUCGGUGAUCAUCCGUUGGCACAACGCAUUCGAGAGGAUGUCCAAAUGUUGGGGUGGGAUUUGGCACGGGUGGAGAUUUAG